CUCAACUGUUGGCCACCUGUUCCCGUUAGAGCAUUCUGAUUGGUUUAGGUGCGCUCACGCGAGGGCGUCACACAGAACGCUAGGACAUCAGCGAGUAAAGUCAAGUCAGCCUUCAGAAAUUCAGAAUCGCGUAGAGAGCCGUGGAAGAAAUUGACCGAGUCGUGGCUACUCUUUGGGAACAACCUAGGGCCAAAAGGACAGCGUCUCCGCACUUUACGACAAGGCUCCUUACCAGUCUACCGACCCCCACCCUUUCUGGCCAACUAUCCGACCCCCACCACCAGGACCCAGUUACCCCUGUCUAGCUGGAGGAGGACCCUCCACCACCUCUACCAGUCCAGCCAGGCCGGUCAGUCCACAGCGGUCAGCGGGGGAGGAUCAGGCCAGCAGCCAAGCUGGAGGGAGCCGGAGGAGGAGGGGAGCUGGAGCCGCAGCAGAGGCCCUCAGGGGCCGAGGGCCCGGGCUUCAUGUUGAGGUAUAGAGGCUGUGGUACCGCUGCAACAGAUGCUGAUGGCACCACUACGGAGCAGAUGGAUCCUAGAGAGCAGCAGCAGGAGGAGGAGGAGGAUGAUGAUGUCAUCUCAGACGGGCACACACACAAUGGGGUGACUCUGAGGAGACCCAAUGCGCUGGAGUUGCAGAAAGUGACUGAUGGAGAGGGGGAGAGAGAUGGAGGGAUGGACUCUACCUCUGCAGGGGAGGAGGACUUCAAGACUUCAGACGAGGGCUUCAUGGGCAUGACACCUCUACUACAGGCCCACCACGCCAUGGAGAAGAUGGAGGAGUUUGUUCACAAGGUGUGGGAAGGCCGGUGGCGGGUCAUUCCUCAUGACGUGCUGCCUGAGUGGCUGAAGGACAACGAGUAUCUCCGCCACGGACACCGGCCGCCCAUGCCCUCCUUCAGGGCCUGCUUCAAGAGCAUCUUCAGGAUCCACACUGAGACUGGCAACAUCUGGACUCACCUGCUGGGCUGUCUGUUCUUCCUGUGCCUGGGCAUCAUGUAUAUGUUUCGCUCCAACAUGUACUUUGCUGCCCCGUUCCAGGAGAAGAUAGUGAUCGGUAUCUUCUUCAUCGGGGCCAUCCUGUGUCUGUCCUUCUCCUGGCUCUUCCACACCGUCUACUGCCACUCUGAGGGCGUCUCGCGUCAUUCAUCUGUCUCUCUGUGUGUCUCCAGACUGGACUACUCUGGCAUAGCCUUCCUGAUCAUGGGCUCCUUUGUUCCGUGGCUCUACUACUCGUUCUACUGCUCUCCCAACCCCAGGUUAAUCUACCUGGUAGUAGUCUGUAUACUAGGAGUGUCUGCCAUCAUCGUCUCACAGUGUGACUUCUUCGCUAAACCCCAGUACCGUGGGGUCAGAGCAGGAGUGUUUGUAGGUCUGGGUCUGAGUGGUGUGGUCCCCACCCUGCACUUUGUCAUCACUGAAGGCUUGCUGAGAGCCACUACUAUGGGUCAGAUGGGCUGGCUGCUCCUCAUGGCUACUCUCUACAUCUCUGGAGCCUGUAUCUACGCAGCACGCAUCCCAGAGAGAUUCUUCCCAGGGAAAUGUGACAUCUGGUUCCACUCUCAUCAGCUGUUCCACGUCCUGGUGGUGGCGGGAGCGUUCGUCCAUUUCCACGGCGUGUCCAACCUGCAGGCCUUCCGCUACGCUGCCGGGGCGGGCUGUGAAGAGGACAAUGCCCUGUGAAGAUCCUGGCCGUCACGGCAACGCACCACCAGGGGAGACGCACAUAUACAUACAUACACACACACACACACACACACACACACACACACACACACACACACACACUGACUCCCCAGUAGCGACCCGUCUCUCUGUCUACAGGAGACCCCUUAGAGGACACAUGAAAAAACACACCUACGUCUCAGAUGUUUUUCUUCUCCUCUCUCCAUCUUGUUUUCAAUAACUGCGUCUAGGGGUUCUGGACAUUUGAGAUUGGUCCCCCCCCAUAUUGAGUAAUCUGUUGAAGUGGUUGUUAUGAUUAUCAUCGUUCUAAACGCUGUGCUCACGGUGCAAAGCAACAAAAAAAUACAAUGUGGGGGUUUCUUAAUGCUAUAGUGGUGGGGGUUUCUUAAUGCUAUAGUGGUGGGGGUUUCUUAAUGCUAUAGUGGUGGGGGUUUCUUAAUGCUAUAGUGGUGGGGGUUUCUUAAUGCUAUAGUGGUGGGGGUUUCUUAAUGCUAUAGUGGUGGAAAGAAAAGCUGUACAAAAAAAAGAAAGAAAUGGAAUUAUGUGUGGAAAGUAUUUUUUUGUUCCAUGAAAAGGGUGGGUGCCGGGGGGGUCGGGCAGGCUAGCCGCUUUUCAACGUUUUUCAUGUAAAUAAGAUUUCUAAAUUCGGGUUAUAUAGAUUUGUAUUAAAUAUAUAUAAUAAUAAAUAAAAUAAAAACAUUAAAUACAUACAAAAAAAUGUUAAGAUAUUGAAUAAAAAAAAUCGACAAAGAUGAUGCGACAACAACCAAGAAAAGCCCAUUGUGAAUAAAGAAAUGAUUUGGCCAGAGGGGAAGUAAAGUGGGGAUACAGCACAACCACACACUGUUGAAGGGGAGAGGAGAUCCAACUUCAUAACGAGGGAGGAGGGUCGGCAAGGGUUAAGCCCGAGGGUGGAGAUGUGACCUGUGACUGGCUGAAGUUGAGCCCCAGUUGACAAAUCAGGUGCUUUUCAACAGUAGUGCACUACAUGAGGAAUAGGGUGCCGUUAUGUCUUGACGUGUAGCUACUUUAUCUCAUCCAUUAGACUGUGACAUGUAGUGUGUCACUGACUAGUGUGUCACCCCAACAGUCAACACCACCCUUCCUUCCUAACGUUAGAAACCAACGUCGGUGUGUGUACAAAAUGGCACACCAUUCCCUUUUUAUAUAGUGCACUACUUUUGACCAGAGCCCAGUGUAAGUCAAAAGUAGUACAAGGAUAUUUUAGGGAACAUGGUGCCAUUCCUGAUGCGUUAGUUUCUCCAACCCCAAGUGAAACCGUCAUCAGUGAAAAGUUGACGUUUCUAUCUCCUUACCAAGUGAGCCUAGACUCUUUUCCUUCUGCUCUGGCAUAAAGUCACUUGUACUACGUUUUGUGUGAAGUGUGUGAUUCAUUGACUUUAAGAUUACGGCCCAAAAGGGCACCCUAUUCCCUAUUUAGUGCACUACUUUUGACCAGGUAGUGACCUAUAUAGGGAAUAGUGUGCCAUUUGGGACAGAAGAUCAAUAUUUCAGAACAAAAUAUGCAUCUCUAAAUGUGUUUUAUUUUUAUUUAGAAUGCUAUUAUUGUCUUAUUCAUUAUCAUCACAGGCUUUAAGUUGGGGUUUUUCUUGCUCCAAUACUGUUGCGAUUGUGUCUGUUUUUUUGGGAGGUUUUCUAUUCUCUUUUAAAGGGUGUGUAUGUGAUUUGAAAAGAUUGAAACAUGUAAUACCAGAUUCACUCAGAGGGGUGUCAAUCACUCUGGGGUUCUGUUUGGACCUUUGUGUAUUAGGGCUUGAUUCAGUCCACUGCUGAAGUUCAGCAUUAAUGCACCAUCUGACAUUUAAAAGCAAUCGUCCCGCGUUUCGCGGAGAAUGCUGCCGUGGUAAACGCUGCGUAAGUCGGCUCAAUGGGAGGUGAGCUUCGGCGAUACGGAUUGAAUUGAGUCCUUUAGUUAUUCAUGUGUAUCAGAUCUACUUUCUAGACGUGUAGCUACGCCACGGUGCAUAGCUGUGCUGAGGCUGAGAGCCUUCUCUCUCCACUUCAGAUUUAUCCACCACACACCUGCUCAGUCUUACUGCUUCUGUACCUGUCGCUCCAGUUCAAACACUAACAGACAUGUAUUCAUUGUGACGAUAUACUGGCGGUGCAUCUGAGACCUUGAUCUCAGUUCCACUAGAGAACAGUGGUCCCACCUAGCUUGGUUGCCAGGUCAGUAUGUGCUUUAGCCAAAUAAUGCCAUGACAUUGAAAGUCUGACGUUUUGCUUAAGCCUGUACAGAUCUGGCAACUAGGCUAGACCAGACAGUGGAGUCGGACCUUAAACCCUCCAUAUAACUCUGUUGUAGAGGAGUGUAUUUGCUCAUCGCAGUUAAAAUGCUUAUAAACAUAAUCAGGGAGGCAGUUUCCACUCUUGACUCUUAGGAGGAAGGAGUUUUUCCCUCUUCUGUCCUUCUCUUGGGUUUUGGUCCUUGAUAGCCUGGUCCCAGAUGUGUUUGUGCUGUCUUGCCAACUCAUUGUCAGACUGUGACUGUUGGAGUUGGCUGGACGGCACGAAGAGAUCUGGGACCAGGCUAGGUCCUUAAUGCUCUGUGUUGAGACUAUAUAGAUGUCUUAACUUCUCAGUCUUCAGCCCAGAGUUACAAGGCCUUUGUUUCAUUCUGACAUUUCAACAGAAAAAAAACAUCAAAGGAAAUGGAUGUUUUAGUUUUAUUAGUUUUUUUAAAUUAAUUUAUUUCAUUUUUGUUGUUUUUUUGGGAAGUGCAUUUUGUUUGUUGAAGCACACGUCCAGUGUUGACCGUGUGAUUUGCAAUAGGUCUUUAUAUCUGCUGUAUUGUUCUAAUAAAAAGGGUUUGGAUUGUG